CUUUUCCAGCCGAGGCUGGCUCUGCUGUUUCAAAGGGUCGCCUGGCUGGCUCUGCCUCGUCCCCAUUGGCCGGAUGGGGCCCUCCUUCCUGCCGGGGCUGCUGAUGUCAGCCACGCUCUCACACCCUUCCUAAGCUUGCCGCCGCCGCCGCCGCUCCUGCUGCUGCGGCAGAAGCUCCUCGGCGCGAUCAGCCAAGACCCGGAGCGGCAGACUCUCCGUCGGGGCGAGGCCAGCCCCGCAGCCGAUCCAGGGACCGGGCAGAACCCCGCUCCUUCCUUCCUUCCAACGCUCGGUCGGAGAAGGCAGAGGACGCUUGUUUACCAGGCGGAGAAGGAAACGGUAGCGAGCCGCCUUUUGUCUCGCAAGGAAGCAUCUCCUUUUUGGCGGCGGCCGAUCUUCCCGGGGUCGGGGAGGCGCGCUUUGCUCGCUCCAGCCUCUUUCGCCCGGACUUCGCCUUCGGGCAACAAUGUCUUGAGGCUGCGGCGUUUAAGAAAUGCCUCUGGCUGUAGCGGUCCCGGCGGAUGCCUUUGUAUGAUCGCUGCCGCCGCCGCCGCCUUUGGCGUGUGCAUGUUGUGAUAGGCACAGCAGCGCCUGACCGCGGUUUGAAGCUGCCAACCUGGAAGAUCGGAGCAGAGCAGAGCAUCGCGGGGUGUUUUCUCCGUCUUUCUCCCCGGGGGCUGGGUCAGCCUGCUGCUGGAUGGUGGCAGCGGCGACGUCUACGGCCCAAAUUGCCAAGCAGGCGACCUCCGGGGCGCUGUAGACCGUCGGCGGCGGCGGCGGCGGCGGCUUUGCCUUUUGCAGGAUCGGAGGUGGGGGGUUGCCCCGUGCUACGCGUUUUCUCCUGAACUGCUGGCUUGCAGUGAAUGUGUCGGAAUAUGCUCAUGAAGGAGUAUCGGAUCUGCAUGCCUUUGACAGUUGAGGAGUACAGAAUUGGACAGCUGUACAUGAUCAGUAAACAUAGCCAUGAGCAGAGUGAUCGUGGAGAAGGUGUGGAAGUGGUACAGAAUGAGCCCUAUGAAGAUCCAAACUAUGGGAAUGGUCAGCUGACAGAAAAACGAGUCUAUUUGAACAGCAAACUUCCAAGCUGGGCAAGAGCUGUUGUCCCCAAAAUAUUUUACGUCACAGAGAAGGCAUGGAACUACUACCCAUAUACAAUUACAGAAUACACGUGCUCAUUUUUGCCCAAGUUCUCCAUUCACAUAGAGACCAAAUAUGAGGACAACAAAGGAAGCAAUGAUAAUAUAUUUGAUAAUGAAGCCAAAGAUCUUGACCGAGAAGUCUGCUUCAUUGAUAUUGCCUGUGAUGAAAUUCCUGAGCGCUAUUAUAAGGAAUCGGAGGAUCCUAAAUGCUUCAAAUCAGAGAAGACUGGGAGAGGUCUAUUAAAAGAAGGUUGGAGAGAAACACAAGACCCUAUUAUGUGCUCCUACAAACUUGUAUCUGUGAAAUUUGAAGUAUGGGGACUUCAGACUCGAGUUGAGCAGUUUGUUCAUAAGGUGGUCAAAGACAUAUUGCUAAUUGGUCACCGACAAGCAUUUGCGUGGGUGGAUGAGUGGUAUGACAUGACUAUGGACGAAGUCCGAGAAUUUGAACGAGCAACUCAGGAAGCCACCAACAAGAAAAUUGGAAUCUUCCCUCCUGCGAUAUCCAUCUCGAAUAUCUCCCUUCCCUCUCUGAUCCGCAGUGCUCCUUCUAGUGCUCCGUCUACACCUCUGUCCACAGACGCACCGGAAUUCCUAACGGUUCCCAAAGAUCGUCAGCGGAAAAAGUCUGCCCCAGAAACUCUCACGCUGCCAGAUCCAGAUAAAAAUGCUCUCUAAACCCAGCAUGGCUUUUUUUCCUUAUGACAAGCUAUGACUGACAGAAUAUCAUUUGCAAAGUUCAUGGUAGUUGUUUUGAUUUAAACAAAUAUUGAUCUGGAAUCAUGCGUUUCCCAUUUCCCCGUUCCCUUAGGCUUCCCCUGAAACUAGUUAGCUAAAUGCAUGCAAGGUCAUAGUUCAUGUGCUCUGAUUCCCAAACUAAAGCUCUAAGCCAUAUGACAAAUGUUGCUAUCAACCCAGAAUGAAGUAGCUUGUAAAAAAAAAAAAAAAAAGCAAAAGCAGUCUCUUGUAGUAAUGGCUGCAAGCAGAAGAUCUAAAAUUGCAGUGUUGAUGACUGGAGAGGGAUUACAGGGAUUUCAUGAAGCUGGUGAGGACAUCCCAAGAGAAUGAGGUUCUCCUUAGCUACAUUUCUCAUUUCAAGCCAUUAUAUCUCCAUUUCUGAAAUCCUUUUUUACUCUCGGGCCGAAUGCACCUUAAAGUAAACCUUGGAACUGCUGAUUCACUGAUCAACACUUGAAUACUAAUAGAUUCAGAUUCCUUUUUACAGAUUACAACUCAGGAUUUGGGUGUAGCUAAUGCACACUUUAAGCUCUUCAAAAAUUAAAGAACCAACGUGCUCUAGCUUUGUCUUAAAUUAUAAUCAUUUCGAGAGACCCUGGAACUAUUUGUAUCUUGCACAAAAAUUUGUAACUCCUUUUUAUUCUGUGCUGUUGUGAAACUUUUCUGUGUUGGUUUUGGAGAACUGGGACCUAUUGCAGGAAGAAAAAUGGAAACACAAACAAAUAAAAUAGGCUCCAAAGUCGAAAUGGGACAAAUAUAUCCCAAGAAACAAUGCUAUUAUUAAUUCAAAAUUCAGUUCAGGUCUUCUGAGUUCCUAUGAAAUUAAUGACAGUCGAGAUUGAAAAACCCAUUAAAUAGUCAGCCCAUUUUUUGCAACGUUGUGAGCCGUCAUUCAUCUAUUCAACAACUUGAAGUUUUGCUGAGGGUGUUCAUGCUGGCCUGUUAAAACAAAAGCAACAGAUUGUAGCAUAAAAUAUGUUAGGUUUACUGUGCGGAUUCUUUCUCUCAUUUUAAAAAUUGUGUGUAUGUGCACGCACACGCACAUACGUACAGGAUUUUAAGAAUGAAACGUACACACAAGAUUUUUAGAAUCUUGCAUAUGCAUAUAUAAAUAGUGAAUACAUUGUAAGGCCGAGCCAUGAAUAAAAUUAAGAAAGAAAACUUGGGGAGCUCCAAACAAUUUUUUUAAAAGGUGUGUCUACCAGUAAGUCUAGUAUAUCAUGCUCAAGAGAGUGAGAAUCAGUGCUGUGUCCAAAAGAGGUACUUUUUUUCAAUUAUGCUCAUUAUUAUUACUUCCUUUGAAUACAGGUAGUCUUUGACUUCCAACCAGUUUCUUAGUGAUUGUUCAGAGUUAGGAUGGAUCACCUUGGGGAACUUACAACCUGAUUCCAAAGUUCCAACAGCUGCCCCAUUCCCCAUCACCACCACUGUGGUCACAUGACAGCAUUUCAGCCACUCAGCAACCAACCUGCAUUUAUGGCUGUUUGUAGCAUUCCACGUCCCAGGACCAUGUUUUUUACAUUUUUUGCGAAAAAGUGGUAUUUGCUUCUGUUUUUUGGCAAAACCUACUCAUAGGAAACAACUGGUUUGCUUAACAACCACUGCAGAAAAGAUCAUAAAAUCAGGUCAAUCAUGUGGAUGACCACUGUACGACUGUCAUAAUUUACGACCCUAAUGGGCAGCUCCAUUACAGUAGUAAGUCAAAGACUACCUGUGCCGGCACCUGAAUUCAAAAUGAAAAGGAAAACAUGGUGCACUGCUACAGUUGACAACUCAUUAAGAAGCCUCCGUCUAGUCCUUGUUUAAGAGAAAAACAGUUAAUGUGGGAAUCUGACAUAAACAAAACAACCUACCAUCUUCCUGAGCUCUUUCAAUUGUAUUAUUUUCCAACAAUGAAAAUAGAAGUGUUUUUCUUUUAGCUUUUGGUACCUCAGAAAGCGAUAUUAGUUGCAUCCAGCUACAUAGUUUGGAGAGACAAAAUAUUGGCCUGCUAAUUCCAUCACCCUUCAGUCUCAGGAAUUAAAGAUACUUCCCCAUGUUAAAUUUAGGACACUUGGCAUCUGUUCCUUUCCUUACAAUUCAUUCAGAAUCUAAUUUAGUAAAUUAAGUCAGUAGUUAACCACAUCUAAACUAGAAUCAUUGUGAAAGUGUCAUAAACAUAUAGCAUUAGUACAAGGGGAAUAUAGAAAUAUAUAUCCAGACCUCAGGGGGGGAUAAAGAUAACUUUGAAUAAUAAAAAAUUUCUAGUGAACACGGCAGCAUGAAUUUUCAUAUGAAAAAGUGUAGCAGACUUAUCUCCAAUUAACUCUCAAGUGACUUCUUACUUAAAUUGUACAUACCAAGAGAACUGUUGUUUAGGUUUUAGUCAUAGAAAGAGUGGGAGCAUAGAAUGCACUAUGUGCAUUUGAAAACUCAAAAUAUGUAGUAGCUCUAAUUCUGUAUUUAAUUUCCCCCAUCAUUUAGCUUCAUGCCUUUUCUCAGUUAUUACUCAAAAUAUCUUUUUCUGUCUUGCUCAGCAUUCUGAAGUUCUGUGUGACACUUGUUAAUACAUUUCAUUAUUAUUAUUAUUAUUACAUUUCUAUACAUAAAUACACCCUGAGUUUGCAGCUUUAAGUUAGCAGAAAAUUAUGAUAAUUUCUGUAAUUUUAAGCCAAAUGUUGCUCUCCCUGUAUCUGCUGUUAGAAUCUUGCACAGAUCGAUAAGCCAAGACAUCAAAUCAUUGUGUUGAUUUAUAUUAACUAUUUCACUUCUUCCUCAAUACUUUGGCUUGGGAAUAAGAUCAGGUGUUUUUCAGUUAUAAAGAAUAUGCUUGUUAAAAGGCUGCAUAAAAGUACAAAAAUGAAAGGUAAUAGCAUGCUAUGGAAAAAUAAAGGACUUUUCUAUGAUACUUUCUGCUCUCAAUGCUGCAGCAAGAAUUAUUUGUUCAACUUGAUGUGCUAUCCAAAUUGGGUGCUUAAUGAAUAGACAAAAUUUGAUUCUUCUGCAUGUCUAAAUGAUGGUUGACACAAUCCAUGUGUCAAUCUGCCUACUCUUUGCUUUUCCUAUAUUUCCAGGAAUUAGCAAAAAUAAAAUGGAUGUUUCUUCAGCAUAUACACUCUCAGGCACCUAUGCUCUUCACAAAUUAUUUUACACUCUUUUGUCACAUUCUGUUUUCCUUCCAUAGGUUUUGCCACUAAAGUAGUCAAUUAUCCAAUUUACUUUUCUUUCUUGAUUUUUGUCAUCUGCUUUAAAAAAAAAUAUUUCUGACACAAGAAGAAUAACUAAAUUAAAUUUCUAGCAUAUUUUUGGUUGCACUAAUGUGUCUUUUCCAUGGGAAAAAAGUUUGGCUGAGUUGUAUUGUUGACUUGUCUGAUUUAAUUUGUACAGAAUCUGCUGUAUAUUUUUAGCUGUAUGUUUUUUGUGAGGAUCAGACCUGUGGAUGUUUAUCUAUUUGUUUUGUGAAACAAAGUGGCACUUUCAAUAAAGUCUGGUGCAGCAAAGCAAACUGAAGCCUGACUAGGCUUUUGAGCCUUAGGCCUGUUCCCUCUUUUUUCAAUGAGAACAUUUGAUCAUUGCUAAGAAGAGGAAGGGGGGGUCCUGAAAUUUCAAGACCCAUCAUGGGCCUCCUAAGCAAAAGAAGAAAAGCUUUUUUUAAGUUUAUUCAUGAAAGUCUCAAGAAAGUUGCUCAAACUUUAUUGUUGAAAACUCUGGUGUAUUUUCAUCAGUUAUGUUUUCCAUGUACACGGAACUUUAAAAGUCCAUGUACAUGUGCUAGAAAUCUUCAUGGGGUUAUAUUUGCUAAGAAAGUUUGCAACAAAAGUUGUUAAAUUGCCAUAAAAUACAUUUGAGCCCAGCUGUUUUUCACAUAUCAGUGUACAUACCGCAAUUGGUGUACGUUUAGAUCAAUUAUUUCAUAUUGAGUGACUAGAAACAGUCUAAUCAAUUUUCAGGUAGAGACUUCACAAGGUUAUUGUUCUGGGGAAAAUAGGAGAAGGUAUGUUUUAGGUAGAUAUUAGGUAUGUUUGCCACCUUGAAUUAUUCAUAAAAGGUGGGAUAAUAAAUAAAUCAGGUUACUACUAAUGGAAUGGUAUCAUCUAGAAUAGAAAUGCUCUGGGUAACUUUUCUUACUGCAGAUUUCUAUUUCAUUGGCAAUGUUUCAUUAUUUUAAUGAAACUUUUUAAAACUUUGUUAAUAGAAAUGAAAAUUGCUCUGCUGUUUUUAUGUGAACGAUAAUAAGAGAGAUGUGUGUCUUUAAUCACAUAUAGGGUUGGGUCCUGAGGUUCCUCUCCAUGAGCAGAAAAAGUCAAAAGAGGCUGACCAAACACAUCAGUUAGCCUUCUCAUGCUUAGCUGAGGGCCUACAGUUAAGCAAAAUUCCUCUCAUGCAACUUUGGGUUGGGAUUUGCUGCACUGGAACUUUAGAACAUGACUGUUGUUUAAAAGACAUCCAAUGUACACACUUCAUGGUAGUUAAAUCAUAAGAUGGGAAGGCUUCAUGAACUUGUCAUUAGGAAUUCAUUAAUUACCAUCCUUCAGUCUUCUGUUUUCAUAAAGGCUUGAAGCUAAACUAAUCGUGGGGAAGGGUCUUCUUGUUUGGACGGCAUCGUCUUAAAAUUACAAUUGUCUAUGUUUUUUUUUUAAAUGUUCCUUCUAGAAAUAAGUUUUUUGUUUUAUUUCUGUGACAACCUUUGUGACUUUGAGUGUUAUGUAUAGUAGUAAGGUUUUCUGAGGGUUUUUUUUUGUUUGUUUGUUUGUUUGUUAUUUUUUGGUGACAAGGUUAGUGUAAUGAAGGAAGGACCAAAUGCUCCAAGUUACACAAUACAAGACAUGAAUAGAAGAGUCAGUCUCAUGGUUUCCAUACGUACAUAAUUGUUGCUUUUUCAGUUAUUUAUUAUUGUUUGUAAAACUGCCUUUUCUUACAUUCUGUUGUAAAUAAACUACAAGCAAUCUUCUUUCCAA